AUGGCAGAAAUAGCUGCAGGAGCCGUCGUAGCUGAGCAGCUCGUAUCUACAACGCUCGAGGGUGGAGCAAUUGCCGGCUAUGCGGUCGCCAAACCCACCGUUCCUCUGAAGGCUACCUUCUCACAGAUUGCUACCGUGGACAGAAACGAUACAACUCUGGCUCUUGCACGCUCACAUCAUACAGUCAGUAUUGUCAACGACAAAGCAUGCAUAUUCGGAGGUCAAUCCACCGACAGGGAGCUAGUAUCAACCGAUAUACACACAGUGACCCUUCCCUUCAAAAAUACUAGCCCAACAGACGUUGCUUAUGCCUGUUAUCCAGCUGUGGCGCGUGACGAAGGAGCUCCUGUGCCAAGUGCACGUACCAGGCAUGGCGCUUGUGUUCAAGGCCAUGAGCUAGCCAUCUUUGGAGGCUGUGACGAACACAAUGAACCCGUCGACAGAGACUCUGCCUUAUGGGUAUGGAACAUUGAAUCGUUCAAGUGGCAACAAAUCAUCGCCGAAGAUCCAAAGCCCGAACCUAGGUUUGAUCACGCGCUGUUCCACUACGGCGGUCACAUCCUUCUUCAUGGCGGAAAGUCGUCCUCAAGAAUACAUCUGAAUGACACCUGGUUUUUCGACAUGAUUUCGCACACAUGGACACGCCUACCCGAUGCUCCAGAGCACUCAGACAGCAUAGCCUUUGCAGAUGGCACACUCUAUUUGGUUACCAAUUCACCUGCUGAGGGCGCUACUCAUGUUUACAGGCUUGAGAUUGGAGAGAGCAUACCCACCGAGGAGUCCCAUGGUGCAUUGGAGUGGGAAAGAAUCACCAAUCUUUCAGAGGUCUCACCUCCUGGACCUGGAGCUCGAAGUGGUGGCGCACUGGUACCAAUCACUACGGGUUACGGGCGUCUGUACCUUGUUUACUUCUUCGGUAGCAAGGAGACUCAUGCCGACGACGAAGAUCUGGAAAAGUCAAUCGUGUCAAGCGAAACACGCCGGCUAUUCGAGUCUGAUUUGUGGACCUACCAGUUGCCGUCAAAGUCAACCAAACCCAAUAGCUGGACAGACUUCAAACCCGCAGCCAUCAAAGACACAAUUCGGGACAAGUUGGGCUACAAAAGCGGCGGGUUUGAGUGGGCCGAAGUCGAAGUGCAGGCCACGGAACAGACAGGUCACGAAGGCAAGGUGCAUCCAGGACCUCGAGGAUUCUUCGGAGCGGACGUGGCUAGCGAUGGAAGAAGUGUAGUCAUGUGGGGAGGAGACAACGCAAGGGGUGAGAAGGAAGCGGAUGGCUGGCUCAUUCGCUUCGAGUAG